UUCUCGGCUCUUGUUUCAAAGUGUAGGUGCACUUGAACUUUGUACUUAUACAGCAGCGGCGAUGGCUGCCACACGGACUCUGUCACAUACAGUGGCUGUCAUCAAAAUCAACAAUCCUCCUGUUAAUGCGCUGAGCACUCCUGUCUGUCAGGCACUUAUCAAGGAAUUGGCAGAGGUCAAAAAGGACCCAUCGGUAGAGGCCAUUGUCCUGUGUGGAGCAAAUGGAAAAUUCAGUGCAGGAGCAGACAUCCGUGAGUUUAGUUCUGCAGCUCGGAGAACCGUAUCUUUAGAAGAUAUAAAUGCUGAAAUAGAAAGCACCACGAAGCCUGUGGUGGCUGCCAUUGAAGGAGUGGCUCUCGGAGGAGGUCUGGAAUUAGCAUUAUCGUGCCACUAUCGUGUGGCACAUAUAAAGACUGUUAUGGGUCUCCCGGAGGUAUUAAUUGGAAUUCUCCCAGCAGCUGGAGGAACCCAACGCCUGCCUCGCUUAAUAGGCAUUCCUGCUGCUCUGGAUAUUAUUGUCCGUGGAAGGCACGUCCCUGCCACAGAAGCAUUCCAGCUUGGCAUCGUUGAUGAAGUUGUGCCAAGCAGUGCCAUUGCUGCAGCUGUUCAGAUGGCCAGGAAAGUUAUAGGAAAACCAAUGGACAGUCGAAGACUGAGCACCAACGCUGUUCAGUACAAUAUCAAUGUAGAUGCUUUCUUGGACACUGCAUUAGAAAAAGCAAAGAGACAGUUCCGUGGGGCACAAGCACCGUUGGCUUGUAUUGAAGCUGUAAGAGCCUCUGCGCAACUUCCUUAUCAGCGAGGCAUAGAGAAAGAAAGGCAGCUGUUUGCAUCUCUCUGGGCCACAGGGCAACCUCAGGCCCAACAGUAUGCUUUCUUCUCAGAGAGGAAUGUUGGCAAGUGGACACUACCCUCUGGUGAGAGAUGGGACAAUGUAAGACCCUGUCAAAUUCGUACAGCAGCUGUAAUAGGACUGGGGACGAUGGGAAGAGGAAUAGUCACUUCACUCUCAAAGUCAAAUAUUCCUGUUAUUGCCUUGGAACAAGAUACAAAGCAACUCGAUUCGGGGAAAAAGGCUGUGAACAGUUUGUUAGAAAGGGAAGCCGAGAAGCUGAAAAAGCAAGGAAAUAGUUUUGCUGAAGGAAAUGGACUGGGUUCUGUUCACUUCACGUUGAACUUUGAGGAUCUUAAAAAUGUUGAUUUGGUUAUUGAGGCUGUUUAUGAAAAUAUGAACCUGAAAAAAGACAUAUUCCGUAAGCUGUCAUCAAUCAUGAAGCCUGAUGCUUUCUUGUGUACUAACACCUCAGGUCUCAACAUUGAUGAAAUUGCUUCAGUUACGAACCGCCCUCAACUAGUAAUUGGCACCCAUUUCUUCUCCCCUGCCAAUAUAAUGCGACUCUUGGAAGUAGUCCGAGGUCGCCACACUUCCCCUACUACCAUUGCCACAGCCAUGAGCCUUGGCAAAAUGUUGGGGAAAGUUGCUGUACUAGUUGGCAAUUGCCCUCUUUUUGUUGGGAACCGAAUGUUGGGCCCAUAUCUUGAACAGGCAAAUUAUCUGUUGGAAGAAGGUUACUAUCCUGAAGAAGUAGACCAAGCCCUUGAAGAAUUUGGCUUUGCCAUGGGGCCAUUCCGUAUGAUGGAUUUGGCUGGGCUGGAUGUAGGUUGGAGAUCCAGAAUGGAGAAAGGCUUAGCAGGCUCCGGAGUUCCUCCCGGGACUCCUGCAAGGCAACGAGAAGGUAACCGGUACUGCCCACUUGCAGACAUGCUGUGUGAGUUAGGGAGGUUCGGGCAAAAAAGUGGUAAAGGUUGGUACCAAUAUGAAAAACCUGGUGGCAGACAUGCACAUCCCGAUCCUUGGGUCAGGGACUUCUUGGCUAAGUACAGAAAAACUUAUAACAUAAAACAGCAAGCUGUACAUCCAGAGCAGAUUCUACAGAGAUGCCUAUAUGCUCUGAUCAAUGAAGGAUUCAGGGUCUUGGAGGAUGGCAUAGCUUCAGGCCCUGAAGAUAUUGAUGUAAUAUACAACAAUGGCUAUGGAUGGCCUAAGCAUAGAGGGGGUCCUAUGUAUUAUGCUUCUGCUGUCGGUUUGCAUGAAGUGCUUAUGGUACUGGAGGGCUAUCACAAAGCCAAUCCUGAUGUUCCUAGUAUGAAACCCUCCUUUUUACUGAAGAAACUGGCAGCAGUAGGGGGUCCUCCAAUUAAAGAGUGGAGAACUCAGCUUGGGAAGCUACCUAACAAACUUUGAUUUAUCAGCUCCAAAUCAGUUCUUCAUCAAACAUACAUACAAAAAAAGAAUUACAAAUGCUAGAAAUUGUAGUGGCUUCAUCUGUUCACUCAACAGAGGGAAUCAAAUCUGUAUGGCAGUCAUUUUGCUUUAAUGGAGAGACCUACAGCAAAUGAACAAGCAGAAAACCAAUUUAACUGCCAAAUAAUCAUGCAGCAAUUUAUCAACUUCCCACAGAUUUAAAAAAAUUCCAUUAGAGCUGCUUUUAACUUGUAAUUACAGAAAAUCGGAAUAGGAACACCUACAAAUUAUUGUUAUCAUCAAUUCAAAGGUGGUAUUUAUUUGUCCCAUAGAGAGUGAUUUAGUGUCUACAAAUGUCCAUAUCAGUGGGACAGCUUAAUCACCUUUAGGGACAGAGUAUUGAUGGAUAAAACUGCUGCUGCCAAAUGGGCAUCAAAUAAACAACAGAAGCAGUUAUGAAAGCCAACUGCCUUGCAUGCAGCUUCUUUGUGACAGGUAAACCAAAUAGGCUGGAUGUCACUGAUAAUGUACUUACAAUCCCACCAAGCCACUGCUUUCUGCAUUUAAUUUUGACUUUAAUAGUACAGAAUACAGCUAAAGCAAGAUGCCUUCUGACUGCAGCUGUGGGUUGCAUCCAGCCUACCUUGCACUGAAGCUGCAUCCCAUAACAAGGAACCUUUCAUCCUGUAAUAUACAUCUCUAUUGGGGUUAUGUAAUAAAAGGCACUAAGUUUGCCCAGGAGCAGUAACCCAUAGCAACUAAUCAGCAGGUAGAAUUUACUGGUCACCUGCUUAAAAGCAAACAUCUUAUUGGUUGGUAUGGGUUACUGCUCCCAGGCACAUUUAGGAUUAUGCUGGAUACGUAUAGAAUGAUACAGUCAUUGGAAGCAAUUUUGACUCGUAGCUGAAAUCUACCAUUUCCUUUUACCUUCCUUUCACACUUUUCAGAAUUUUCUUUCCAGAAAAAGGUUAUGGCUAAUGCCAUAGGGUUCAUUCUCGACCUGUGAAUAAAUGCAGGCAGAGAAUCAGUCUCUAUGGUGGCUUUAGCCUUUCCUUGUUCCUGUACCCAGAGCCAUGGUGUCGACCCAGAUGCAAGCAGGUGGAGUGGAUUUUGGUGCCAAAAUGCAUAGUUGCAAGUUUCAGGGCCAAAACCUUUCUGUAACAGGGCUGACACUGAUUCUGGGUGAGGGCACAGGGAAAGGAUGAUGCUAGUGCAGGGGCUGAAUGUCAGCCAGUGUUAGUCCACAGACCAAGGAUCAGCCCAAUGCGGCAUUAACCAAAUAAAAAAAAAAUUUAAAACCCUACCAAGUUGGUCAGCCAUCUCACUCCAUGUGUGUCCAGCUUUAGAUAUGGAGUAACUGACAAAGGGCAUAAAUACAUCUUUAAUACACAAAGGCAUAAAUAGUAAUGAUAAUGGUGCACACAUUGCAGGAGCACAUAAAAACCAUAGAGAUUUAACUGAAUGAGAGCUAUUUAAUUGUGUAGCCCUCCGGGUGUGGCUCUAAAGUAUAUUGUGUUAAACAUUUUCAUAAACCGCUAGGUUGCAACUUAGUCACUAUCUUUUUUCCUGUUGAUAUCAUUAAGGCUCCGUAAUGUCAGUCACUUACAUUACUAAGGGAAAAAUUCCAUGUAUUUUCCACUACAAAAGAAAAUAUUCUCUGACUUCCCCGGUAAGCUGAGUGCUUUAGCAGUGAACCCUCCGUAGCACAGGGACAUAAUUAAAUGAGUGCACUGAAUGUACCGUCUUCCUCUGCUUGCUCUCAAUGCCUGUGAUCUUGCCAGCGUCAACACUUCUCAAAAUGUUCAAUGCAAUAGAGAGAAGAAAAAAAAAAAGCAAAAAACCUUUACUUUUUGUUCUGUACAUCUUGCUGUUAAAAUGAUUUCACAUCCCUUACAUAAACUGCAUUUUAGCCAGAAAGGAAAAUGAUCGUUCUCAAAUUGCUGACCUGAUUCUAUGUGAAUAACAUUAAAAAAAACUUGAUUUAUUUUUUUCAUAAA